AUGGCCUAUUAUUCAGGUGCAAGAAAGUGGCUCGUCCAAGACACAUGCCUAUUUUCUUCCUGUGUGAACUGCAUUCGUGAUGGUGAUAAACUUAUAAAGAAGGUUGCAACACUCCUACUUACGAAAAUAUUGAUGCAAGAGGAAGGGCUACGAAGUUGUUAUUCUCGCCCUGGUUGUCUUCGGUCAGUGAUGGAAGUCUUGCGUCAACUUGUAGAAGAAACAUUUAUUAAUGAAACCCCUUUUUCACAGCACCUAAAAUAUGUUAUUCGAUGCUUCCUAAGUCUUCCGCGAGUAGGAUGGAUACCCAGGGUAAAACAGUGGGUUCCUCAACAACUAUUUGACAAUGCUACUUUUCACGCUAUUAUUCAUCUAGAUCCAGAGAUUCAAAAUAUGUUGUAUCAGUUAGUAUCGAAUCCUAAUACUAAUCCACAACAAUUGCUCGGAUGA